AUGGGUCUGGCUCCGAUGGGACCAAUCACGAAGCUCCUCCCAGCAUGGUUGCAUCGCGACUGGACUCAGACAUCGAAUGAGCUGGUCCAGAUCUAUUCAUCCACACCAUGCGUUCGAACGAUAGCGAAGCAGCCAUUUCUGGCUACCAAUGAGAUCCAUCAAGUAAUGCUCCAGUAUGUGCCAGACUAUUCAGGCCACCGGACCCAUAUUUUAACUGCCGUAGACGUCUCCUCAAAACGUUUGGUGAAUAUAUGGAUGGCCCAUGCUAAGGCAGAACCUCCGAAUAUCUCGAAAACGUAUGACAUGCGCAUUCCUAUCAGCGAGGACACCAUAAUAACCAAGAAACUUCCGAUAUCAAAUCCGUAUAGUAUCCCGAGAACAUUCCGAGUGUCCUCCUCGCGUUCGGACAUUGUCGAAGUAGGCGAGGAAGUGGUGAAUAUCGCUGGACUUGAGUCAACUGCGAUUACUUUGUAUUUCCAUAACGUGGUGCGGAAUCCAGUCAGGCUUGAGGUACUGAUCUUCGUUUUCAAUGGCGAAUCCGGUCAACAGGAAGAAACCAUAAUGCUCAAUGUGACUUAUACAGAUUGAUUUGUGACUAAUAAAGAUUGUCUAAAUUUUUGUACGCAAAAUUGUACAUCGGAUGAACAGUAAUAAAGAUUGCUU